GAGAUGAAUAUAGAGGAGUGCAAGCCUUCUGUUUAUUCGCUGCCGUUGGCUCGAUGCUUGCUCUUACUCUGUUCACUCCCUCCCUUUCCCAUUGGCUGCCUCCUCUCACACACACACGCACACACACACACAUAGAGGCUCUGAGCUCAGACACAAGAGUUGACGUUCUUCAGCGGAGGUCGAGAGAGACAUAUGGACUCCACACACACACACACACACAGGAAAGAGCCUUGAUCACGACCGAGUGACGGAAGAAGAGAGACUGUGAGUGGAGAGAGUGAGAAUCAGGGAGGCUGAGAUUGAGUGAAGAUGCUGCUGAACGAGUCGGAUGGGAUCAGGAAACCUGAGCAUCACAGCAGCCUCCUGAAGAUGACAACACGACCUCUUUCUAGCGUCUUCUGAAACACAACGUCUUCACUGCAUUCUCGCUCGCAUCGGACGGACGGAGAGUUUCUGGAGAGCAACUUUAAGGGCCAUGGAAGUGGGACUGACGGAUUGAUUCUUGAAGAGAACUUUUGAAGAAGCUAAUACCAGUUGGAUCCUGUUUAGCUUUAAGAUAAGGAUGAAGUGAACGCAAAGAAGCAAACUCAAGGACAAAUGUGAGGGAGCAGUCAGUUUGAAGAGAUGUAUGGUCUAGUUCUAUCUUGUCAAGAUGUGCUACACCAGCGAGGACAGUGGACAAAUUCGAAUUGAAAAGUGGGACAUUAAAGAUGUUGGGACAUUUUCUCUCGGGUCAGCCUAAAAACUGUCUCCCAUUCAGGUUUUAUUUGUCUGGAUAUUUUUGGGACAAAUUAUUACUGCAGAUGAACAUCGUGAGAGCUCUGAUUUUUUUUUUAAUCCUCUUGGCCAUGAAACCAUAAUGCAGAGUUUUACGACGUACUCUCGAGCUACCCUUGCCAAAGUUUCAUUCUGUUCUGGACUUGCAUAAUGAGUGUGUACCACCUCUGCGCAGAGGGUGUCUCUGCCAUCUUCACCUGCGCUCGCAGAGAGAAUUUAAGUGCCCCUGUGGACUAAUGGGGUUGAUGCUCAGGAUACACUUCGUCCUUCUCUUGCUUUUAAAGACGAACUCUUUGUGCCAAAAUCAACAUCAUCUCUGACAGGAUUACCACAGAGAUAUCCUACAAAAACCCUCAGUCAUGUGACCAGGGGACAGGACCAGUCACAUGCUCUUCUGUCAUCGGCUGGUCUGUUUUAUUAGAUUUUUUUGGUACUGCAAUGUUUAAUCAUGUUCGGCGUGUGCUGUAACAACUUUUUUUAAUCUAAUGAAAACUUCAUUUGCAUUCGCUUUGUGGAAAUAGACAAAAACCAAGUGAAAUUUGUAUUUACAUCUAUGGUUCAUAAACUCUCGGAUAACAUGGUGAGCAAAGAGCCCAACGUUUUGCCAACUGUUCACAGCCAAAGCAAUGGCAACCCAGACAAAACCGGCCCCACCGUAACUGUGCGCUCUGUGCUACUCAACCGGAACUCUCCGGAUAUCGAAAACAGACUUAAACGCAGACGAAAUCGCACACAGCAGGUUCGCUUUAAAGAUUUGGAGGAUGACGAGUCAAAGGACAAAAACGACAAAAUUAGGAGUAAGAGCCCAACGGAGGUUCCGAACUGGCAAAAGGAGCUGAUGAAUGGGCCCUCUCUGGUGGGAUCUGUCCGUGGGGACAUGGAAAAGACUAUAGGGGCAGUGACAGCGUUUCUGAAGAGAGCACCGCCGCAUCCACUCACCCCUGGGCCCACCAGACGCUGCUGGGUCCCGACACAUCCGUGCUCUCUCACACUGCCACUGCCAAGUCAGCCAUGCAGGAGUACAGCCAUCCAAACCUCACCCAGUUUGCAAAAACCUCCCUCGCUUUCAGCCACACAGACUCGCAGUCACAGCUUUGGGGAUGGAGUGGGGGAAAGCUGGGAUGAUGAAGAGUCUUCUGAUGAGCUGACUGCACGGGUCUACUUUCCACUUCGUAGAUCACAUCAGAGAGACCCUGGGCAACAGAAUUCCCCCGCUGAGCAAUCAAGGUGUCAGAAAACUGAGGACAAUCGAACUGCAUCUUUGGAUACAACAACACAAAGCCUACCACCGCACAAACACUCUAGAAGGAGAGGAAGGAGGAAAUUGUUAAACAGAGCUGCAAGUGAUCCUGGGAAACCUGAGUCUCCUUGUACUUGCCCAUCUGAAACUUCUGACAGAAAACACGAACAGUCUAACCAAUCCAAGAAAACCCAAUCUAAAGGUGUGGCACACAGAACUUCAAAUGUACCCCUACACCGUUCCCCCACCCCCAACAUACUUCAUCAUGUUCCGUGUAGUGUUUAUUCCACACAGUCUGAACCAAGCUGCAAUGCAAAAAUCCAAACAUUCUCAGACCACACAGACUCUUGGCCAUCUCAAACAGCAGCCCCACCUGCUGCAGAAGCCCAUCAAACUUUAUCCACUUGUCCCAAAGAAACUCAAAAUGUACCAUCACAAUGUGGUCCACCACAGGCCGUUUCGCCCUCUUUGACACAAGCAGAGCACCGUAGUUUGACCCCUUCUGUAUCCCAAACUUUGUGCUUUACCACAACGCAAGUCACAUUAUCCUCAACACAUGGGCAGUCAAGCAUGUCUCUCAGUGAAGCUUCAGUGCGUUGUUGCACUCCUGCUGUUCAAACUGUGACAAAUUGUAAGACUCCUCCAGUACCUGAGUCCUGCUGCAUUUCAGAAUAUCGUACAGAACCAGUAAACCCUGUGAGAUCCAGCCCUGGUUGCCAGAUAUUGGCGGAAUGCUUCAGUAAUAUUGGCAAAAAUGAACCUUCCUGUUCUCAAGGAUCAUCUGUUGUUGCCUCCUCAUUCAGUUUUGCACAUCCUCGCCAAAAGACUCUAACAAAACCGAUGGCAUGCUAUAACAUUCCGAUCCAACCUGUGCCCUCUGUAAUACCUCCAACACAAUCUGUGCCAAACAGUAAGGUCCCUGAUCCAUCUCUUCCUGCACCCUACUGCGUCCCAGAUAUACAAACUGUACAAACGACAACGUUGACUACACACACCCCAACGCCAAACCAAUCCACAAUUCAACCUCCAAUACAGUCCGUACCAUACUGUGUUAAAGACAAAUCCGCUGCCCCCGCAAGUUCUCAUUCAGAACCUAUGCUGUCCCAUAAAGUUCCGACGCAAACCCUUCUUCACAGUGUGAUGUCAUUUCCUCCAGGCCCUCCGUACUCACACUUGAAGACCUCCAUUCCAGGUGUGUCACACAUCAUUCCCAUCGCACAAACUACAGUGCAUUGCAUUUUAGAUCCACAAAAUGCCGGAACUGACGUGACUCCUUCCCUCCCCGUUCUAAUUUGCAGCUGGUCCACCCAACCCUCACCAGGUGCCAUGCAAACAUUGGCACACUGCAACGCUGCUGUGCAAAGUGCCGCUUCUUGCGGCAACCCCCCUCAAAUUGUGCAAAACUUUAAGACCCCUCCUCAAACUGUACCCCACUCCAAGUCAUUUCCACAAAACAUGUCACCCGUUCUCUCCUCACGUGAGGCUGUGACGUACAUUGGUGUACCCCAGGAAACUGUGCUUCCCAAUUUCAGGCAUUCCUUACCUCCUUAUGCCUGUCCUCCUCAGACUGCUCUGCUGUACUCGAACACAGGGGCAAGCCCCCUCCCUGCUCAGGCCUUCUGCAGCACUCAGGACAGACGAGACCGCAGAGAGUUUAUGCUUCCUCCCCCACCUCCUCCUCCACCUCCAUACACUCCACGCAAAGAGGGCUCCUCGACUCCGGGACAGCCCUGCAAGCCUCCUGUCGCAAAGGUGGACUGCAACAAUGCUGAAAAGGACAAAGCAAAAGCUGGGACGACAAAGUCAAAGGGUGAAGCAAGAACGGAUGAAAUCCCUCCUCCUAUCCCUCCCAAAAGUAAAGCGAGAGCUAUGGUGAAACCCACCUGUUUAGGCAGCCGGCGAGCAAUCCUGGGCACAGAAUCCCAGUGCAACGCCAACCUCCUGCCUUCUUCUGCAGGGCCGAACCCUCAGGCCCCCCUCGGACCAGCGGAGGGCCAAGCAGACACCCUGCGACAGGUGCAGGAACUGCUGGGGGGGCUCAUGUCUGGGGCGAAGUGUAAGCUGGAUCUGUCAAAGGCAAAAGAGAAACUGUUCGGCCCAAACGGCCCUCUGUACGACAUUGGUACUCUGCAGUCUCAGCUGCACAGCCUGGAGGGGGUGUUGGAGACCAGCCAGAACACCAUCAAGGUUUUGCUGGACGUCAUUCAGGAUCUGGAGAAGAAGGAGGCAGAGCGAGACGGAAAACAGUGUCACGCAGGUUUGGAACAACAUGGGCAUUCAUAUCGAACGGGACAGGACAUUGAGAACUGUGGCACAUGCAGAGACUGCGCCUGUAUCAUAUACAGUGUGGAGCAUGACUUCCGUCUUCAGGAGGGACAGGUGACCCGGGCGUGGAAGGUUCCGGAGCAGCAGGAGUCGGAGCAGAGCUCUCCUCAGCUUGUCUUUCAUCCUCCGCGCCAGCAGGAGUCUCCACAAGCCCUGCAGACGGUCAAAAAGAGCCGCAGGAAGUGCUUUUGGUUUCUGUGAACUCUUGGUUAGCGAGGUGUGACGUCAUAAGUCAAUGCGGGGAAGCGUUAUAAACCAACCUCAAGCCUCUUCUCUAUGGCUCCCUCGGUUCUACAGUUUUAGAUCGGGAUUCAUUUUGGCUUUGCUAUUUUUUAUUUAUAGUAUGUGGAGAGAAUGGCUCCAAAACUUCACUUUAAAAGAACAAUAAACUCUAAAUCAAAAUCUCUCAUUUUUUACCCACCCUCAAAUGGCGUGUUUUUGGAGGUGAACAGAAAUGGGAAUAAUGAUCUGUCGUCGUACCGAACACCGCUACAUGGAGAUUCUUCCACUGAAAUAAAGCAAGACGUCCCAAAAUGUGAAUUUAGAACUGUACGCUUUUUUUAAAUCGGUUAUUCCAAUAACCUUGCAAGGUUUCAUCAAAUAAAACGCAACAAAAAUGUAACCAUGCCGAUAAAAAUUAUUCUUCCGCCAAGCAAUGUAGUUUUUCAAUGUAACAAGCUGGUUGCCAAGCAACACAGCAUCAGCAACACAGGUGGAAUGGUGCAGUGAUACUGAUGUAAUGCCAGUAGGUGUGUUGUUAUAAUAUGUUUCCCAAAUGGCUUGACUGUGGCUGAACCAAUCAGAAUCGAGGACAUUUUUUAUAUAUUCAUUUUAAUUUGAUGACAAAUCCUCGAUUACAAACCUACAGAUGGUUAUUUUCGCAGUUGGUAUCACCAAGUUACGGCUUUUAAAUAAUUGCUACGUAUUUUAUAUAUUUCUUAAUUUUCAUUUUUUCUAAUGUCCAUACUCUCUGUACUAAUAUGUACAGUACUGUAUCUAAUGUAAAGCUAACGCAAAUAAAUUUCAAUUGAAUAAACAACAAAUGACCGAAUUUUACCUUUCGGGGAACUAUUCCUGUUGAUAAAGAGAGAAGAGGUUUUUGGUUGGUUCAUGUUCCAGUUCUUACGACCUGAAGAUGGAUGAAGUUCACAGAGACAGUUACUGUGGGACGACAGAAGUACGAGAGAUGAAGUGAAGAUACAUGAGAAUAUCAACUGAUUCGUCAUUUUGGAGCAACGAGGGUCAAAACACCAGCUUUUAUACUAUUAAAAACAUCAAUUACUUCACGAGCUUCGCGCUUUUAUGUAGACGAUCUAACAACCGCACACGCACGGCGAUAUUUAAGGCAGAGAUAAAGUGGAUUUUAAGUGUGUCAUUUCAUUCUUUAUGAGUGCUUAAUUUCAAAACCCAUUAAAAAGCUCUGUAAAAUAUUUUACUACACAGUAACCGUGUGACGUGUUGC